UUUGAACCUUUGGAAAACCAGUUUGUGACUACAAAGAAACAUGGAGGCACAAGCAUGUGUUGCCAAUCUCAUGGGUGAGUGUUGCAGAGCCACUGGCUGAUCACUGUCUCUCAGUAGCAUUUUGAAAAGGACUGCAGAGCCUUGCAGAAGGGAUGUAGGGAAUAAAGUUAAAGGCAAUGAGGAGGAAACCCAAGACAUGGGAGGCAGCCAUUUUGAAUUCAUUCCCCUGCCAGUGGAACAUAUAGGCUGUCUCCCUUUUGUCUCUAGCUCAAAAGAACCUACCCUUCUGUCUCUCUCUCUUAUAUUAAUAGCAUUUGAGACACCAGAUCCAACAACCAUCUCCUUGGUUCUCUCUUUCACUCAUUGCAUCUCCUUCAUCUGUCAUCAUUCUUGUGAUCAUAGGUGUGUCAUGGGUCCAAGAAGCAGAGGAAGGAACCAUGUGUGUUCUGUGCAGCCACUGGGGCCUCUAAUGGAAGGCCCUGACCCUGAAGCACAUGGAGAAGGAGCCAAGAAGGAGAGAUACUGGGAAGUGAUCAGAACAUGGCUGCGGUUGCACAUGGACAAAGCCAUGUCGGGGGCUCAUUCCUCGACCCCUUUCCAUGCCCGCAGCGCAUCGAAGAGGACGGAUCUGAGGCUAAUUCUUGGAGUGCUGGGGUGUCCAUUGGCUCCCAUUCCGGUGACCAUUGAUGCACCAACCCACAUCUUCUGUAUCAAAGAUAGUCCCAUGGAAACGUGCUCUGCUCGUUACAUCAUUCAGCAAUACUUGGCCGCAACAGGAUGCCUGAAACAGUGCAUGAAGAGCAUGUACGCAGCUGGGACCGUGAAGAUGGUCUGCCAUGAGCCACCGAGAACGGGGGGAGAGCGUGGGUGCUUCGUGCUGUGGCAGAAGUCGCCGGGGAUGUGGUCGGUGGAGCUUGUGGUGGCCGGCCACAAGGUGGUUUCCGGUAGCAACGGCAAGGUGGUGUGGAGGAGCGUGCCAUGGCUUGGAACACACGCAGACAGGGGCCCGCAGCGCCCGCUGCGGCGACUCGUUCAGGGGUUGGACCCGAAGAGCACGGCGAGAAUGUUCGCCAAAGCCCGGUGCGUCGGUGAGAAGCGCAUCAGGGGCGACAACUGCUUCGUGCUAAAAGUAUCAGCAGAUCGAGCUGCGGUCGCCGAGAGAUGCGACGGACCGGCUGAGGUAAUCAGGCACGUUCUCCAUGGAUACUUCAGCCAGAGGAGCGGUCUGCUCACCUACAUCGAGGACUCCCACCUCGCCAGAGUCGAAGCCCCGGGCUCCGACGCCAUGUACUGGGAGACCACCAUCGGAAGCGUUAUCGAGGACUACAGAGAGGUUGACGGAGUGCUCGUGGCUCACCAAGGGAGGUCCGCCGCCACGGUUCUCCGCUUCGGCGACGCAUCUGCGCGGCGCAGCAGGAUCAGGAUGGAGGAGGCUUGGAGGAUCGAAGACGUGGUGUUCGAUGUUGCAGGGCUUUCGGUGGACUGCUUCAUCCCCCCAAAGGAGAUCAUGGCUGGCUUCCGAGGGAAGUGAUCACCUGCAAAUGUUCAUCCCUACCAUCUGUUUGUGAAAAUGCGUGCCUUGUAUGACAUCUAAUAAACGUCCAUUGCCAUGUA